GACGGCCCGAUGCUGUGGCCGUCGCUCUGUCUCGUGAGCAUCUACUGCUACCUCGCCUACCACAACUAUAACGUCGCCAAGAUGGCCAGCUACUGCAUCCAGCAGGUGACCAAGAUGCAGGCGCAGCUGCUCGAUCACCUGCCCCGAGCGACGAGCCACCGGCUGCCACGAGCAGCAGCAGCACCACCGUGCGCCAAGCCUCCGGCCAUCGACCUCACCAACGACAAGGACGACGCGCCUCUUCCGCAAGAACCGAUCGCCAUUGACGACGAGACGAGUCCAGCCGAUGCCACGCUAAGGAACGAGUCCAACUACUGCUUCCUCAAUGCGACGCUGCACUGCCUGCUUCGCACACGCGACUUUCGAGCGUCACUUGCGAAUGCAUUUCGGCCACUCUCAACGACAAGACGCGCCUUGACGCCACGCGAGCGAUGCGUUGGUGUCUUGCUCGAUGUCACGCACAUGCUCAAGGAACGCAAGGGCGCGACGCUGGACCUUCUUGCCUUGGGUUUGGUCGAUGCGCUACGGAGGAUUGGCGUGACGUGGAUCGACCUGCCUCGGCGACAAGGCCAGCAAGACGCUGAAGAGUGCUUGUCGUAUCUCCUCGAGCUGAUCCGUGGCGUUGUCCAAGCACCUGCGGCGUCCCUGAGCCCCCGAAGCGAGCACGCGCUCUCGGCCGCGACCAAGGCGCUCGACCAUGUGCUACACACAUGCUCGUCGCACGACUCGAGUGCGUACAGCGCUCCACUCGAGCACCUGGCGAGCCUCACAUGGGACAAAUUCAUUCGCGGCAACCCCUCGUUCGUCGCGGACGACUUUAUGGGCCAGCUCGUCCAAGGCUCCACGUGCGUUUCCUGCAACAUGCUCUCGUACCACCUCGCGACCACCACCGUCGUGGCGCUCGGGCUCCACUCGUCGACCGCCGCCAUGUCCCUCGACAGCUGCCUUGCGGCGUUCAAGCAGGUCGAAGACCUUUGCGCCGAGGACGCCGUCUAUUGCGAGCGCUGCGACCGCCGGACCGGACACCACAUCCAAACGCUCUUUAUGCGCGUCCCCAAGCGCCUCGUGCUCCAGCUCAAGCGCUUCACGUGCACCCGAGUUGGGCACAUGGCCAAGAACAGCGCGGCCGUCAUCUUUCCGGUCCAGCGGCUCAACAUGACGCCGUACCUCUUUUCGCAGCAGGCACCGUGCGAGUACCAGCUCUACGCCGUCUGUGCCCACACGGGCAGCUCGGUCGCGGGCGGGCACUACCUCGCGUACGCGCGGCUGUCACUCACCAACGGCACGUCGCUCUGGCUCAAGUACAAUGACGCGCACCUGACGACGCUCAGCCAAGCGCAAAUGCUGCACGAGACUGCGACGUCUGCGUACCUCUUGUUUUACGAGCGCGUCGAGCCCCGCAGCUCUAUUUAACCCCAUCGUAUUAUAGUUAGUUAGUCGAGUCC